AUGCGCGACUCUCCGAUACAUAGUCCGUCCUAUGACUGUGAUACCUGCGAUCGUUCCUUUGGCAGCGACCAGGCGCUUCAACAGCACUUACGCAACUCUCCUGUUCAUAAGCCGUCGUAUGAAUGUGAUACCUGUAAUCGAUCUUUUACCAACGAUGAAGCUCUUCAGCAGCACUUACGCGACUCCGCUGUUCACAGACCAUCCUAUGACUGCGAUACCUGCAAUCGAUCCUUCGGCAAGGAAGAGGCUCUCCAACAGCACCUGCGUGACUCUACUAUCCAUCAGCAGAACACGGAAACACCUUUGGAUGCGUUUUUCCGGUCACACGCGACCUUUGAUUACGACCGCUCUCUUCCACCACCUGUCUCGUAUGCCAACUUGCAGAGACAUAUGAGAUGGCAUCGUGACCAGCCGGAGUCGACCAAUGCGUGGAAUAAAUACCAAAAUGCGCUCGAGAAGGAGUUUCAGAUGUGGUAUGGUGCAGAAGACGACCUGGCUGCGUGGCAUGCCCUUUGUCGCGCAAUUGGGAUCAACCCACUACCAGUUACCAGUGAGCAAUGCGAAAAGGCUGCACGACAAACGCAUGUCAACAUCGUUGAUUUGAUCGAAUGCAGGCGGGGAAAUCAGGAAAAAGUGCAGACCUUUCGAAACGUGGAAGCGCUACGAGUCUAUACCAAGGAGACAGGCAAGAUAUUUCGCAAUAGGUUCCAUGGAAAAGAUUGCAGCGGGGUCUUGAGACACCUGCUUCGGAACAUACUUCGCGGGGGCUCUUGA